GUAAAAGCUCCUAAUACGGCGGUAGUCAAAAUCGCUUCCAAUUACGGUGGUAUUUAUAUUUCUUAGUUUUAUUCCUGUUCUAUUCAGUGUAAGUACAUCAUAACGCAAAUGUGUUAUUCUAAAUUUAUUACGUCACGACUUAACUGACAUUUGCAACUACAACACAUUGGCAACACAACAAAAUCAAUCAGUCUGUGUCACGGCAUCGACGGGACAGGUGUUUUCAUACAAACGCGGAACAACAAAAACAAUAUGGACAGAAAGAAACGCAAGCGUUAUACUAAUGCGCAAGUGGCUGAAGCACUUCUAUCAAUUCGACAAGGUAUGAGUAUUUACAAAGCCUCCAGACAAUAUAAUGUACCAGAGACCACGUUACGGAGUAAACGAGAUGAGCUUUACGAGAAUGAACGUUGUGGUAAGCAACCAGUACUUAACCUAAACGAAGAGAGGCAAAUAGUUGAUUGGAUCCAUUACCUUGGUAAAUGCGGCUUUCCAGUGACAAAAGAUCAAUUAUUACACACUGUCUCUAAGUUAGUUGAAAACCUGCAGCGCCCUAAUCCGUUUAAAGAUGGAGUUCCAGGCAAAAAAUGGUUUUUAGGCUUUAUGCAACGACAUCCAGCAGUGUCAAAACGUGUGUCACAAAAUCUUCCAACAAGUAGAAACCAAGUCACAGAGACUGCAUUGCGAGCGUGGUUUGAUCGAGUAGAAUCAUAUUUUAAAGAAAACGAUAUGCUACAAGUUUUUCAAGACCCAAAACGUAUAUUUAACUGUGAUGAAUCUGGGUUUUUUCUAUGUCCAAAAGACAAGCAAGUUUUGGUAAAAAAAGGUAGUAAACGAGUAUAUAAUCGCGUUGCAAAUGACGAAAAAGAAUGUUUGACUGUAUUAGUCAAUGUGUCAGCAGAUGGUAAUGUAGCUCCGCCAAUGGUUCUAUUUCCUUACAAGAGGCUGCCUAAUAACAUCAAGUCAACGGUUCCUUCGUGGUGGGGAGUUGGUAACACAGAAUCAGGCUGGAUGAACAUGGAGUCAUUCUACGAAUAUGUUGCUAACGUUUUUUACCCAUGGCUUCGACAACAAGAAAUAACAUUGCCCGCUGUUUUAUUUUUAGAUGGUCAUACUUCACAUAUAUCACUGCCUUUAACAACUUUUUGCAAAGAAAAAGGAAUUGUGCUAGUUGCUUUGCUCCCAAAUUCAACGCACGUCUUACAGCCUCUUGAUGUCGCCGUUUUCAGACCCGUUAAGGGGACUUGGAGGGAUAUUGUCAGGGAAUUCAGGGUUAAUAAUAAUUAUGGGAAGCUUAAGCGCACAGAUUUUUCUAGAGAAGUGCAAAAAUGUUUUGACAGAAGCCUGAAGCCUGAAACAAUAAAAAGCGGAUUCAAAUGCUGCGGUCUCUAUCCGUUUGAUAAGCAAAAUAUUGAUUAUGAUAAACUUUUGUCAAAAGUGAAGAAACACCAAGACAAACUAUCUGAAGCCAAUCAAAAUACCCUAUUAAAUACUCAACAAAUGAUAUCAAUGCGCAAUUAUAAAGAUAGCAAUGCCCAGUUCAAGAAACAAUUUGAAAGCCGACUAUCACAAGAUACCUUGAAAUCUUUUAAAGAGGCUGGCAACCAGUGGACAGGUGAUCCCACGUAUGAAAAACUAUUUUUAUUUUGGAUAAGUCUUACAUCAUCGGAGAGCAUAUUUGAAGAUCAAGCCGAUUCUGUUCUUAAUAUUGGGGAGACAACUUUUACCAAUAAUGUCGACGAAAAUGUUUUAAACUUUGAUAUUAGAUCGGAUCGUAUUCUAACUCCACUGAUUGAUAAAGAAGCUAACAAUAUAGAAACUACCAUACUAGAGUCAACACAACUAUCAUUGUCAUCAAUUUAUGCGAUCCCAACAACCGAUAAACCAUUUGAAGCAAAUUCUCUUCUACCAACGCCUUAUUUGGCUGAUUCACCUAUAUUGAUAAAAAUAAUUGAUCCAAAUUUAUUAUCAGAAGUUACUCCACCACAAAAAAUACGAAUAGUGACAGAAGAAAAUGCUCCACAAAUAUUACGUUCAUCGACUCCUCAAUUAAGCAACGCUCCAUCACAUUCUGAAAUAGAAAAUGCAGAUCUUGAAGUUGAUUGCUCUUCUUCCUUAACACGACAACCAAAUAGAACGCAAAAAGAACCGCUAACAGACAACCAGAAUUCGAAAGAAAUAGAUACCCUUGUAAUGCCUGGUACAAGCAAAACUCAAACGCCCACAGUUAUUGAAAAUGCCACACCGCCGACCCCAUUCAAAGGAAUACAUACACCUUUCAAGAAUGCAUUUUUUUUUCCGAAGACCGAGAAUGUUCCCAAAACCAAAAAGGUCACUAAAAAGGUUACUCCCACUGUAGCUACUGCAGCAGAAUUUAUUGAACACCAAAGAAGGAAUCAUCGGCGGCGACACGCAACGAAUCGCUUUCGUCACGAUUCUGAGAAAGAAUCGACGAACAAAGAACGAGAGGAGCAUGAAAUCGCGGGUGACAUGCAAAUCAGCAUGAUGCUGCAGUACGACGAACCUUGUGACCCCGGACCAAUAGUAACGCUAUCAGGCAUUCCGGUGCGGUCUGAAUUGGCGAGACCCUUGAUCACGUCGAUGUGGCCAUCAGUCAUGCGGUACCUGACGAGGGAAGCCCAACAGUGCGAGGAAGAAACUGCUAGCGAUAAGUAUUACUCUGGCCGAAGAAAUCCUGAUUAUCGCAAAGACUAUUGGCGGGCCAAUUAA